AUGGAAGCAAAAGACAGCAUUUUGAAAAUUGUGAUGCUUCCAUGGCUUGCUCAUGGACAUAUCUCACCAUACUUAGAGCUAGCCAAAAAUCUGGCAAAGAGAAACUGUGAGAUAUACAUAUGUUCUACACAAGUGAAUCUCAAUUCCAUCAAGAACAAGGUAAGUGAAAUUAACCAGUUUUUUAAUCCCUCCUUCAAUUCUAUCCAUUUGAUAGAAAUACAAAUCCCAUUUCAUCCGGACCUCCCUCCUCACCACCACACAACCAAUGGCCUCCCUCCCCACCUCAUCCCUACCCUCAUGAAAGCCUUUUCCAUGGUAAUUCCAUCCUUUUCUCAAACCCUCAAAACCCUAAACCCGGAUUUAGUUUUGUAUGAUGUCUUUCAGCCAUGGGCAUCCAAACUAGCUGCUUCUCUUUCCAUUCCAGCCGUUGAGUUCAACACCACGUGUGCUGCCAUGAUCUGUUAUGGCUACCAUAGAUCGGAGAAUCCGAAUAGUACAGAUUUCCCAUACCCGGAACUGAAUCCUCGGGGAUCCUACUGGGUUAGGAAAAUGAAUGAGAUGUUUUCAUCACCUCCGGAUGGGAAUGAAGAUGAAUCUAGCCCCCUCGAAUCCCACAAAAGAUCUUGUCAAAUAAUCUUGACAAAGUCAUUCUUGGAGAUUGAGGAGAAAUAUCUCGAUUAUGGUUCAACCCUUUUAGGGAAAAGAAUCAUCCCCGCGGGUGCCCUUGUUCCAGAUCCAGGAUGUGGCGGAGAUGAUAUUGUUGACAUGAGUAAGAAUGUAAUGGAGUGGUUGGAAAAGAAGGGGAAAUCGUCGACAAUAUUUGUGUCGUUUGGAUCCGAAUGCUAUCUCUCGAGAGAAGAGAUGGAGGAGGUGGCUUAUGGAUUGGAAGAAAGCAUGGUGAACUUCAUAUGGGUUCUUAGGUUUCCCAAAGAGGAGAAGAGGACUAUUAGGUUUGAUGAAUCAAUCCCUAAAGGUUUUCUUCAAAGGGUAGGAGAUAGGGGUCUAUUGGUCGAGACGUGGGCACCACAAGCAAGGAUCUUGGCCCAUGAAAACAUUGGCGGCUUUGUAAGUCAUUGUGGAUGGGGAUCUAUUAUGGAGGCCAUGGGAUUUGGGGUCCCAAUCAUUGGCAUGCCUAUGCAAUUCGACCAACCCAUCAAUCUCAAGGUCAUUGUGGAGGCUCGAGCCGGUAUGGAGGUGGUCAGAGAUGAGGCGGGUAUGCUCGAUAGGCGUGCGAUAGCUCGAGUGAUAAGAGAAGUGGUGUUGGGAGAUGAAUUGGGAAAACAAAUAAGAAACGGGGCCAAAGAGAUUAGAGAGAAAUUGAAAAUGAAGGGAGGUGUGGAGAUGGAUAGAGUAGUGGAGGAAUUGAUGAUAGUUUGUGGUAAGAACAACAAGUCAUGA